CAACAUCUGUCAGCGCAGGAGAACUACAGUUUAGUCUUGCUUCUGAACUUUGUGUCAACUUUGAUUCAGAGUUUUACAGGGAAUGACAAGCUAGUACGCGCACAAUAGAUUAAGAGGAAGCAAAGUUUUAAAAUAGCCCAGCUUUUCGCAUGAACGCGUUUUCAGUUCUCGUUCUGGAGUUUAUUGUGUCCCGUGCACAUUUACGCACCAAGAGCAAUAGUAACUCUAGACUUCAGCCUGCCUCUGCCAGUGUCCCUCUGAGAUGGAGUGAUGAGAGAUCUCCUUCGUUCUUCUCUUCAAGACACAGCAGAAGCCCUUCAUCAUCAUCAUCAUCAUCACAUGCUGUAAAUAUGAAGCAGAUCACUAAGCCCAUCCGGAUCCCAUCAGAGAAUCACUUUAUAACAGCAGGGAAAGCACGAUCAGCCAGUCGACAGCCGCCCUCAUUGGACAAGCUGCCUGAGCAAUACCUGAUUGGACAGUGGCCGCGAGAGCCGUACCAACCCCAGCCGUCCUGCAUGAGUGAUAAAGCCACGCAGACGCCUGGAUUUUGGACUGAGGAAGGAGGAGAGGUUAACGUACACAAGCGCUCGGCAUCGUGGGGCAGCGCUGACCAUCUCAUAGAGAUUGCUAAACUCCGGCAGCAGCUCCAGCGCAGUUUGCAGUGCAGUCGCAGUAUCAAGGAGAAAGAAGAAGUGACGCCGCUGAAUCAGAUCCAGACAAAGCGACUCUCGGCAUCUUCAUCUAAUAUGGUCCAUUCAAGACCCCUCAUAUGUAGAAUGCCCAGCUAUAGUGACUGUAUUAACCAGGAGCUGGAGAGCGUCUUCAUCUGUGAGGACUGGGGGAGGGAGGAGGAGAAGGCUUUGGAGGUGCGAGACGGUGGCCGUGCACCUGUGCCUCCUCUUCAUCACGGUGACCUUCACACUCACAACGCUGAGAUGCAGAUCUGCUGCAGUCCUUGUUACUCCUGCUCUCCUACUCCGGACACUGAGAAAGAUUACAGGAACGGUUCACCUCUGCCUCAGUUUUCCAGCUCUCCCAAACCCAACAACAGUUAUACGUUUAAACGUGAGCCUCCUGAGGGCUGCGAGAAAGUCAAAGUGUUUGAAGAUCUCAUCACUUGUAGGACACAAGGCUUUCCCAUCUUUUCCUGCCCCGACAGAAACAAGGUGAACUUCACUCCAAGUGGUUCUGCCUUCUGUCCUGUAAAGCUGCUGUGUUCGUCCCUAUUCCCAUCAGAUGCUGCUGCUCGUCCCAGUCCGCUGGAUAAUCAAACUUCAGGACAGACGUCUGGUCCAUUUACAGAGACCACUGUACAAAACAGCUUCCCGCUGCCCUCUGAAUGCUGCAGUAUUAGGAAGUGCCUGCUGCUCAGUUAGCCAAUCAGAGCUCAGAUCUGAAACAGCUGUCUGAAUCAACUUUCUAGGAAGUUUCUUACUUGCUAAUGGUUGUACAACAGGACCAUUAUGCUGUACAUUGAACUUUGUCUUAUGGUUUCAUGUAAUUCUGCUGGAAUGCACAAAUCUUUACUUAAUCUUACAGCACAUCCUACUAACCAGGUUAAACACAUUAGAUAUGACAGUAACUGCUGCUGUAAUCCAACAGCCAAAAAUCUUAUUUCAUGCCUUAACACUUAACUCAGGUUUAGCUUCCAUUGGGGCUGGAUGAUAUAGCUAUAACUAAUUAUAUCUCAAUAUUAUUUUGCAUUCUUUUAAUGAAACAUAUAUAUUUUUUCAUUAAAGGAACCAUCAUUUCACCCCAACAGUCAUUGUACUGCCAGCAAAAUAAUUGCAAAUAUAUUGUGCAUAUUCAAAAUACUGCCCAGCCCUAACAUCCAUACUUCCCUAUUUGAGUAAUAAUGCCAGUAAUAAUGGUUUUGUCAUUUUAGUGUCUUCCUGUUUUAUUCAUGUGACACUGUUAUGGUGUAUAAAUAUAACUGCUGGAUGCUCACAUUAAAGUGACAUUUAUAAAGUA